GGGCUGGGCCUUGAGGCUAUUGUAUGUCAGCCCCUUCUCAGGAUGCUGUGAGAACAAGGCCCCAAACAAGGGCCAGUGCGGCCCCCUCCUACCCGUGCCCUCCUCACCUCCUGGGAACAUGGUGCCCGGAACAUUCUAGCACCAGUGCGCCUCAGUGGGAGGGCCUGCCUGCAUAGCAGGCUCCCGCCUGGGCUCUGGGGGGCCAGUGCUGGGCUCUCCCACCUGGAGCUGUGCUGGGAGAAGGGGCUGGGCAGUGAUGCUCACACUGUCCUAUCUGAUCACCCGCUCUGCUGGCUCCAUCCGGUGGGCCUCCAGGUGGCACCGUCAGGAGUUUGAGAAUGCCGAGGGGGAAGAGUACCCGGCCGACUUCUCGGCACAGGGCUCCCCGGCAGCAGCGGCUCAGAACAGGCCCGACGUGUAUGUCCUGCCACUCACCGAGGUCUCCCUGCCUAUGGCCAAGCAGCCCGGGCGUUCAGUGCAGCUGCUCAAGUCCACAGAUCUGGGCCGGCACAGCCUCCUGUACCUGGAGGAGAUUGGCCACGGCUGGUUUGGGAAGGUAUUCCUCGGGGAGGUGAACUCGGGCAUCAGUAGCACCCAGGUGGUGGUGAAGGAGCUGAAGGUGAGCGCCAGCGUGCAGGAGCAGAUGCAGUUCCUGGAGGAGGCGCAGCCCUACAGGGCCUUGCAGCACAGCAACCUGCUCCAGUGCCUGGCCCAGUGCGCCGAGGUGACGCCCUACCUGCUGGUGAUGGAGUUCUGCCCGAUGGGGGACCUCAAGGGCUACCUGCGGAGCUGUCGGGUGGCAGAGUCCAUGGCGCCCGACCCUCUGACCCUGCAGCGCAUGGCCUGUGAGGUGGCCUGUGGCGUCCUGCACCUGCAUCGCAACAACUACGUGCACAGUGACCUGGCUCUGAGGAACUGCCUGCUCACAGCCGACCUGACGGUGAAGAUCGGCGACUAUGGCCUGUCUCACGGCAAAUACAGGGAGGACUACUUUGUGACGGCUGACCAGCUGUGGGUGCCACUGCGCUGGAUCGCGCCUGAGCUGGUGGACGAGGUGCACUGCAACCUGCUGGUGGUGGACCAGACCAAGGCCAGCAACGUGUGGUCCCUGGGCGUGACCAUCUGGGAGCUCUUCGAGCUGGGAGCGCAGCCCUAUCCGCACCACUCCGACCGGCAGGUGCUGGCCUAUGCGGUCCGGGAGCAGCAGCUCAAGCUGCCCAAGCCCCAGCUGCAGCUGACCCUCUCUGACCGCUGGUAUGAGGUGAUGCAGUUCUGCUGGCUUCAGCCUGAGCAGCGGCCGACGGCUGAGGAGGUGCACCUGCUGCUGUCCUACCUGUGUGCCAAGGGUGCCACCGAGGCAGAGGAGGAGUUUGAGCGGCGCUGGCGCUCACUGCGGCCUGUGGGGGGCAGCGUGGGCCCCGGGCUGGGGUCGGCAGGCAUGGCACUGGGGGGCAUGGGCGAGCUUGCGGCCACCUCAUCCUUCCCACUGCUGGAGCAGUUUGCUGGCGACAGCUUCCACACGGAUGGUGAUGACGUGCUGACGGUGACUGAGACGAGCCGUGGCCUCAACUUCGAGUACAAGUGGGAAGCCGGCCGCGGCUCCGAUGCCUUCCCGCCACCUGAGGGCGCACUGAGCCCGGGCCGAGACGCGCGUCUGCAGGAGCUCUGCGUCCCUGACGGUGCUCCCCCAGGCGUGGUGCCGGUGCUCAGCGCUCACAGCCCCUCGGUGGGCAGCGAGUACUUCAUCCGCCUGGAAGACCCUGCGCCUGCCGCAGGCCACGACCCCGACUGUGCCGGCUGUGCCCCCAGCACCCUCGCUGCCACCCUGCGCCCCGACGGCAGUGACCAUGAUGACGACUCUGACGGCAGCACGGCCGCCUCGCUGGUCAUGGAGCCACUGCUGGGCCACGCGCCGCCCGCUGAUGGCCCCUGGGGCCACUGCGACUACCACCUAUGCAGGAGCCAUGCCUGUGACCUGCCUUGCACCUCACGCUCACCCCCCCCGGAGACCCCGAUGCUGGCGGAGCCCAGAGCAGAGGAUAUUGACUGGGGCGUGGGGGCAUUCUGCCCGCCCUUCUUUGAGGACCCGCUGGGCACAUCCCCCUCCGCGAGCUCCAGGGCCCAACCAUCCCCAGGUGGGGAAGAGCUGGGAGAGGCUGGGAUGCCCAGGACUGCCCAGCACAGACACUGGAGCUCCAAUGUAUCUGCAAACAACAACAGCAGCAACCGAGCACCAGAAUUCUGGGUCCCGGGCCUCUCAGGUUACACGGACUGCUGCCCUGGUGUGAAGCAGGCCCUACAGACCGUCCCUGAGCUGGGCCAUCCUCUGAUCCCAGAGGACCUCAGAGAGCCUCUCCUUGGGCCAAAGGGGGCCUCCUCUGGUAAGGAGAUGGGCCGCUGCCUUGGCCUCCCCCAUCUGUAUCCUGCUGAGGGCCUGACACCUGCCCCGUGCCUGGUCACAUCCCCGUGGACAGAGGCAGCCAGAAGUGGUGGUGACAGCCCCCAGGCAGAGCCCAGGCUUGCAGAGGAGGCCGAGGGCUCUGCUGGACUCCAGCUGCCCCUUCCCUCCAUCCCAUCCCCAUCCCAAGAGGGAGCCCUGCUUCCUGCCGAGGAGGCCAGCACCCCGCCCACCCUGCCUGCUUCACCCACGCCCACUGGCAGCCCACAGCCUGCCACUGAGCCAGUCCAGGCCCUGGACAGCGACAGUGGCAGCAGCUCCCCUGAGCUGGAGGCACCAGGCAGUGAAGACGAAGACACGACUGAGGCCACUUCUGGUGUCUUCACUGACUUGUCCAGCGACGGCCCGCAGGCUGAGAAACCAGAUGUGACACCAGCCUUCCGCUCCCUACAGAAGCAGGUGGGGACCCCCGACUCCUUGGACUCCCUGGACAUCCCAUCCUCAGCCAGUGAUGGCGGCUCUGAGGUCUUCAGCCCAUUAGCUGUUGGCCCCCCUGGCGGGCAGCCCCGAGCCCUGGACAGCGGCUAUGACACAGAGAACUAUGAGUCCCCUGAGUUUGUACUCAAGGAGGCCCAUGAGCCCUGUGAGCCUGAGGCCUUGGAGGAGCUGGCCUCAGAGGGUGAGAGCCCCGGGCCAGAGACUCGUCUCUCCGCCUCCCUGGGUGGCCUCAGCGAGAAGAAUCCUUACCGCGACUCUGCCUACUUCUCAGACCUGGACACGGAGCCAGAGCCCCCCUUGGGCCCCAAGGAGAAGCAAGGAGGUGUCCCAGUCCCCGGGCCAGAGCCCGAUCUGGAGAGCCUGAAGAGCCCCAGGCUGCCGUCUGCACUGCCCUCCCCUGAGUUGGGGAUGCUUGGGGAGGCACAGGGCUCUGGCCCCAGGGAGGUGCUGCCACUGCCACUGCUUGAGGACUCUUCCCCAGAGCCAAGCGCCUGCCCCAGGGGCCCCAGGCUGGAGCCUCCCUGGCCCCAAGACCCAGCCCAGGUGCCACCCAUGCCCAGCCCCGGGCACUCUAAGAUUUUCCUGUUGACUCCGGUCCGGCCCAGCUCAGAAGGCCACCGCCCCGAGCUCCAGGAGACCCUGGGACUGCUGUCAGGGUCGGGCCUGCAGGAACGGACAGGGGGUCCAGGUGCCCCCAGAACCCCACUCUGCCUGGCCCUGCCGGCAGUCCCCGCGGCUCCAGAGGGGCGGCCGGAGGAGGAAGAGGACGACAGCGAAGACAGUGACGAGUCGGACGAGGAGCUCCGCUGCUACAGCAUCCAGGAGCCGAGCGAGGAGAGCGAGGAGGAGGCGCCGCCUGUGCCAGUGGUGGUGGCGGAGAGCCAGAGUGCGCGCAACCUGCGCAGCCUGCUUAAGAUGCCCAGCCUCCUGUCCGAGGCCUUCUGCGAGGACCUGGAGCGCAAGAAGAAAGCCGUGUCCUUCUUCGACGACGUCACCGUCUACCUCUUCGACCAGGAAAGCCCCACCCGGGAGCUCGGGGAGCCCUUACCUGGCGCCAAGGAGUCGUCCCCCACGUUCCCGGUGGGCAGCCCGGGCUCCCCCAGCACCCCCGGCCGGCCUCGGCGGGCUGACCGCUCCCCCGACGGCCCCGCGGCCGAAGAGGGCGGAGGGUUCGAGUGGGACGAUGGCCUCCCGCCGACGCCGGCCCAGGAGCCUGCCCCGUGCGUCCCCGCUGCGCCCGCCAAGCCCAGCCCCUUCUCUCGCUUCACUGUCUCACCAGCGCCUGCGUCCCGCUUCUCCAUCACACACGUCACCGACUCGGACUCCGGGUCCGUGGGAGGUGAGGCUGCGGUGGGGCUGGCGGGAGGGGAUACUGAGUCAGGACAGUGGUGAGGGCGGCUGGGAAGGGCACCUGCUGGGCGCGAGGCCCUACGCUCGUUAUUUCGUGUUUUCUGGACAAGCUCAGUUUUCAGACGGGGGAACUGAGGCUCAGAGAGGUCAGGUCACGCCAGGCCUCUUUGUUGUGGCCACCUUGGCACGUUUCCUCACCGCUCUGAGGAGAUGCAGUGCCCCAGACAAAGCUGGCUCAGCACUCUCGGGAUGUAGGUUGGAUGUCCACUCCCUGCCCCACCCCCACCCCCCGCACCGCCCCGCUCUUUUCUCCCUCCUCCGAAGGCACCAGGCUGGACACUGAGUGCCCCCCACCCUGCUCUCUGACCUGCAGCAGCCUCUCCUGCCAGAACCUUCCCAGCCCCUGCUGGUCUGCCUCAUCCACCAGCCCCCCAUCUCAGAUGUAAUGGCUUGUCCAGAGAUGGUGGUGGUGGCUCAGGUGCCCACGUGGGGCCCUACUCAGGGGCCUUAGCUCACUCCUCCCUCCAAGCUCUACUCCUGUCAACCUCAGACCAGGUGGGCUCAUACCUGCCCAGUUGCCACCACCCCAUUCUACUAGGCUUCCCUGAAAGCUCACCUCCACUAAGAUGCCCCUACUUAUCUUGUCCCCCUGGCAGACCCAGCCCCUCCCUUGCGGCCCUUGGCAUGUGGCUGCAGCCUCUAGGGAAGGAUGUGCUGGUCUGUUUGUGUCACACAGUGUGCCCUUAAUGGAUAUCUGAACAAGCAAGCAGGUCACCAGGAGGCGAGUGUGUGACCCUGGCCAGCCCAGUCCUGCUCGGGUCUCAGUUUUCCCACCUGUAAAGAGAGGACUCAGAGGGCUGACGUUGAGCUUUGUUGGGCCCGAUCCCUGGUGAUGUGGCGGGAAGGAUAAUCGUCUGGCUCCUACCUAGAUAGGCAGGCAGGCAGGCCUGCUGCAGCCCAGCUGCUCAGUGGCCCGUAAGCGAGGGAUUGAGGCCAGGUGAAAGCCCUGGGCGAGGGGACUCUGGCUGUCCUUGGAGGGGAGGGUGCUCUCAGGAGUCCCUGUGGCCCCAGUGUCUCCCUAAACAUGUUUGCCAGGUCCUACAGCAGGUGCUGGGGGCAGCUGUAAAGAGGCCUGAGCCCCAGGCAGCCCCUGCUUGGAUCCCCUGCCGGUUCUCUCCCCGGCAGCAGCGAGGAUGGUGACCAAGAGUGGUGGGGACUUUCAUCUUGGCAGUGGUCAGCAGCAGCUUCCAAGCGCUUCGGUGCCCCAUGCAGCACCCUGGAGGAGCAGGGCAGGCGCUGGACAUAAGAGCAUCUGUGCACACCAGCCCUGUGCUGCCCUGGGGGCAGGAUUUGUCCUGGACACUUGGGUUUGCUGCUAGGCCCUAGGGAUGCCCUACAGCCGCCCCUCACCCUGAAGCUGCCCCCUCCCCCCCGGCCCCCUGCUGUCAAGACUGCUUGGCCUCUGAGGCCAGGGGCCCUCGCACGCCCUGCCUACAGGUUCCUGUGGUGUAUUACAGGCUGCUGUGUCCUCACCCCAGGUGAGAGGGCAGGUACAGGCCUGCUAGGACGGCCUCUCCCUGCCCCCUUUGCCCCUUCUGCCGGUUCAGGGUUUGCUCAGUGCAAGAAGAGGACACCGGGCUCGUGUGUCCCUGCUCCAAGUCUGUGGCUGUUUCCCCUUCACUGAAUCAGUUAGACCGUAAGCUCUCCCUUCCCACAGGGUAUGGGCCGGCUCCUGCCUGGGUCCCACCGGAGCCCUGCGAGGGGACUGAGGUGGGCAGCCCGAAAGAUGGGGGGCUUUCAGGUCGCAGUCCUGCUGCUUCAGCCCCUGUCUAGAGGUGUCUGUGGCUCCCCUCUGCAAGGUAGGGCCCAGCCCAGCCCAGCUGCCAAAGGAAAGUGGCGGCUGCCCCCCACGGUCAGUGUCUGUCAGGGGGUUCCUACUGCAGGGAUGGAGACAGUGGGAAGGGGUGGAGCUGGGAGGGAGGGUGGGGCAGGGCAGCACAGGGGGUAUUUUUGUAACACUGUUGUCAGAACAGAUGGAAGAGGGAUGCUUUUAAGUUAUUGUUGCCAAAGAGACAUAAAAUUUAUUGUUGCUUUUGGGGUGGGGGUGUGGGUGGGGACUUGUUUUGAAUUUGUUUUUUGUUUAUUUGAGGCUUAUGAUGCUGGUACAAUGAUCGUCUUGUUCCUUUCUUGUCUGUUUUUUAAGAGAAAUCAAAACUAAGGAAAAAAGCCUUCAUGCUAAGCGUGUUUUCUUUUGGAGUCUGCAGAUAAAGCCUUGGGCAGGAGGGGGCAUGGGCUGUGCUGGGGUGGGGUCCCUACAGUCCCUUCUGACCACUGGGGGAUGCAGGAGGGAGACCACCCCUUCCUCUAGCUGUCCUUGGCACACCUUGGUGGAGGGACACAGUGACCUUGGGCCCCUAGGGUGCCCAGGUUGGGGUGUCUUCCCAGAACAGGGCCAGCGGACUGACGCCUGCAGCCCUCACUUCCUGCCUGGAAGCUGGCCCUACCUAGGUAAGGGUGAGAGGGAACCUCUCCGGGAAGCUCUUCCUCCUGCCUCUCCAGGGGUGGCCCCUGUCCCUCAGCACGGGGAGGCCGGGUGAGGGGGCGGUGAGCUGGGAGCAAGGUGGGUUGUGAGGAGGUGGGGCUUCUGUGCCCCUCCACCGCAAACAUCUGCCCUGUGACCCUGCCUCACCUCACCUGGCCUGCCUCCAGCUUCUGCAAGGUGAGAGCCUCUGGGGCCCCACCCCCUGUGCUUCGUGUUCUGGGCUGUGCGCAGAGCCCCUCCUGGGAGGGUCUGGGAGGAGCAAGCGAACGCUGCCCGGAACUGAACGUCUCCUGAGGUAAGGACUGCUGUCACCAACGUGGUUAUUAGCACGGCUGUAUUUCAGCCUUAAAUGUCAAACAGCAUGGAUCCGAUAGCUUCUAAAAUCUUAUAUUUCAGCUGAAAUAUGGAAACAGCCAGAGCAUUGAGGGGGCCUACCCAGGAAUCCUGGGGUAGGCCCCCCUCAAUGGCACACAGCCUGGGGAGCCAGGCCACAGCACCGACCACCCUGGGGACAGGGAGGAGAGCUGGGGGCCCUGCAGCCAGUUCUGGAUGGGAGUUAGGGUGUGGGCAGGGAGAAACUGGGACAGAGAGGCCCACAAAACUGCCAGUGGCAGGGGGGAGACCCAGCAAAGCCCCAAUCAGGGGUCUGGCAGGAAGUUGUGCUCAUACUAAAUCCAAGGAAGGGAGGCCGGCCCUCGCUCUCCCCUUCCCCUCCCCUCCCUCCCCUUGCCCCUGCAUUGCUGCCGCAGGCACUACUACAGGUGGGCGGCCUCAUUACUGACCAGACAGGGGCUCCCCUUACAGCUACAAGCUGAUGCGAUGGCCCUCCCUGCACCUUGGGGGCUCCCUGGCCCACACGACAGAUGGGCCUGAUUCAAAAGGUUGGCCGCCCAGCCCAGGCAGCAGGUCCCUGCUCCCCUCACUCUCCUUGGCCACGGCCAUGCCACCUCCUGACCCUGUAGGAACAGCCGGGGUCCAGCCCAGGCCAGAUUGAGGUGGGGGCAGAAGGGCUUGGAAGGAGACAAUUCUCUAAAUGGGGAGCAAGCAGAUUGUAACAAAACAGGUUACAGGUCAGGGUGUGGGAGGAGGAGCCCCCACAGGCAGUGGGUGCAGAUGUGGCCGUCAGCUGAGGAGUGGGGCAGACCUGUCAUUGGUCACCGUCGGCUUCAGCUGGACGCUGGCGAAGGGAUUCCUGAGAAGAGGAGAGAAGAGUGGUUUUCGGGAGGGGUGCUGAGUGCCGCCCUGUGGCUACAGACGGCACCCACCUGGACCCCGAUGGCCCAGCCUCUGAGCUCAGGGCCUGGGGGUGGCAGAGGCCACGGGGGAGAGCCAGAAAGGGGCGCUGUCCGCAAGGCCAGCUGAGCCCCAGCGCGCCACCCUCUGCUCACCCCCCCCAGGUGCCCCACCUCAAACCGUCAACCCUCCCACAGGCAGGGUGGGUGGGCAUGGGGGGGCCCCUCCACAUCAGCCCUGGUCCUUUCUCUGCAACCUGAGGCAGCCCCACAUGAGCCGCACCCGAGCUCGGUGCGCCGCCCCCCAAGGCCAAGCGCCCCCGCCACCUGCCCGGGAGCAGCAGCUGAGCCCAUCUGCAAGGACACAGCUGUUGACACAUAGAGCCACAGCUCAGCAGAGCGCACAAGCCCAGCCCAUGCAUCCUGGGGGCCCAGAGAGUGGCCCGUCCCAUGCCGACAUGACAGACACGAGGCGCAGGCACCCCAGCGACAACGGGGCUGGUAGGAGUGGACGCCCGCAGCCCCUGCGGAGGGGCUGGCCGCCUCCUCAGAGAGGAGCCGUGCCUGCCCCUGCGUGCCGAGGCUGCGGCUGACAGACAGACAGACGCACCAGACAAGGGGCUGAGAUGGAACGAGAUGAGUGCAGGGUGGGGCUGGCACCUGGCCUCGUGCUCACGGAGGCCUCUCCUCCUCGGCGGGCUCCGAGGACCUGCCCAGGUGGAGAUGGCACAGGAGAGCAGGCCAGGGGACGUCAGGCAGUCCCAAGGGUGACAGCACGGAUGGCACGUGGGACACGGAGGGCUCGGCCUGAACGGGAGCCGUUACCUGGGGCGGGAGUGGCCUCUGACAUGGCUGGGCGUCCACAGGAGCUGGGUGGGCGCUCUGUCCAGGUGCCCAGGAAGAUAGAACGUGGGGUGGGCAACCCUGUGUUUGCCUGAGGACCUGGCAUUUUCUAAAACACUGAGGCACUUUGAACAACUGAGUCCAAAGGAUGAACUAGUGAGAGGAGACUGAUCUGCAUCUCCAAGAUGCUGCCUGACAGUUGGCAGCACCCGCAGCCGUUCCACCCCUGCCUCGGAACAUCUGCACCUGAUGAAAGGCCCUUCCAGCCGGCGGGGCCUCAGUCUCCCUCAUUCAGGUCCUCUCUGGCCUCCCAGGCUUGGGUCUGAGCAGAUGUGCUUCAGCCCCACUGGCCCCAGGCAGGGGCAGCCUGGAGGUUCUGAAACCGAGGUUCUGCUGUGACCAGCGUCAUCUGCCCUGGGACGGAGGAUGCAGGGCAGCCACGGGGGCGGCCGCCUUGACUGGACUCUUGUCCUAGAGGAGGGCUCCAUGCCCUUGGCGGUCUGCAGCCAGGGUCAUGGCGGGGGGUCUUGUGGGGCUGGAAACGGGGCAGGUUUGUCCAUCCAGAGUCGGGGACCCAGCAGGGGAAGGGACCCAGAGAAGGGAGGAUGGCACCUGUGCUGACCAGAGCCAGGGGCAAAAGGGAGUUCCAGCCGGGUGUGUCCUGACGCACCUACAUUCUCAUCAGAAAGGGUCAGUGACCAGCCACGUGUAAAUCAACGAAGUUACAACACACCCUCAAACCAUAUACAAAAAUAAACUCAAAAUGGCUUAUAGACUUAAAUAUAAGACAUGACACCAUAAAACUCCUAGAAGAAAACAUAGGCAAAACAUUCUCUGACGUAAAUCGUACCAGUGUUUUCUUAGGUCAGUCUCCCAAGGCAAUAAAAACAAAAGCAAAAAUAAACAAAUGGGACCUAAUCAAACUUACAAGCUUUUGCACAGCAAAGGAAACCGUAAACAAACAAAAAGACGGCCUACAGAUUGGGAGAAAAUAUUUGCAAAUGAAGCAACUGACAAGGACUUAAUUUCCAAAAUAUACAAACAGCUCAUACCUCUCAACAACAAAAAACCAAACAACCCAAUCGAAAAAUGGGCAGAAGACCUAACUAGACAUUUGUCCAAAGAAGACAUACAGAUGGCCAACAUGCAUAUGAAAAGAUGCUCAACAUUGCUAAUUAUUAGAGAAAUGCAAAUCAAGACUACAAUGAGGUACCACCUCACACUGGUCAGAAUGGCCAUCAUUAAGAAGUCUACAAAUUACAAAUGCUGGAGAGGGUGUGGAGAAAAGGGAACCUCCCUACACUGUUGGUGGGAGAUUGGUGCAGGCACUAUGGAAAAGAGUCUGGAGGUUCCCCCCAAAACUAGAGUUGCCAUGUGAUCCAGAUGAAACUAAUUCAAAAAGAUCCAUGCACCCCUAUGUUCACAGCAGCACUAUUCACACUAGCCAAGACAUGGAAACAACCUAAAUGUCCACUGACAGAUAAAUGAAUAAAGAUGUGGUAUAUACACAAUGGAAUAUUAGCCAUAAAAAAGAAUGAAAUAAUGCCAUUUGCAGCAACAUGAAUAGACCUAGAGAUUCUCAUACUAAGUGAAGAAUGACUAAUAGCACAUGAUAUCACAUAUAUAAAAUCUAAAAAAAUUAUACAAAUGAACUUAUCUACAAAACAGACUCACAGACAUAGAAAACAGACUUGUGGUUGCCAAGGAGGAAGAGGGGUGGGGAGGGGUGAAUUGGGAGUUUGGGAUUAGCAAAUGAAAACUAUUAUAUAUAGAAUGGGUAAACAAGGUCCUACCGUAUAGCACAGGAAAUUACAUUCAGUGUAUCCUGUGAUAAACCAUAAUGGAAAAGAAUAUAAAAAAGAAUAUAUAUGGGUAUAACUGAAUCACUUUGCUAUAUGGCAGAAAUUAACACAACAUUGUAAAUCAACUAUACUUCAAUUAAAAAAAAAGGGUCAGUGGCAAACCCACACUACCACCUGAACCAGGAAGACCUCCCUGAAGAGGGUGUCUGGCCUCUGACCCACACCGUCCCCCAAAACAGUGUGACCAUGGAAGAAGCAUGUGCUGUCCACACUGCAGGUUCUGAGGAAGGAGGUGGCAGCUGUAACCACUCCAGACCUCUGGAGCGACUCCCUCCUGCAGCCCCGGCCAGAGACCCCUGGGUGGGACACUCCCACCCUUCAGCAUCAGAGGAAGUGUGAGGCCCCCUUGGGUGCUCACCACCUUCUGGGAUGUUCUGUGAAAGAACAGGCUUAAGAGCUACCCCCGGGGAGGGCACCUGAGUGACCCCAGGUGAGGGACUUGGGUCAACACUGGGAUGACAAAACAUGACAAGAUUUGGACCUGAGGCACUGCUGAUCCUGCUGUCCUGCAGACGUCCGUCACUGCCCAGGGGUGGACGCCGGGGCCAAUCAACAGACGACCACCCAGACACAGAACAAGCUCUUCUUGACCCAAAUGGGAGACGCUGGAGUAUGCGAGAGCCAGUGCUGUCAGGAUGCCAGGGCCCCUCCCCAGGCAGGGCCACCAGGCACUCAGGUGCCCGACUGGUGGCUGGGCUCUGUCCCCCUCCUGAGCAGGGACACAGGGACAGCCGGUAGCUUUUAUACGGAAUGGAUUUGUAUCCUCCGGGGGGCAGGCCUGAAGUCCCGGGCAUGGUGAAGGGAGGCAUGAGCCAGGCCCCCCGCCAGGAAUGGCUGUCCCCACCACCCAGUCCUCUGCAGACCCCCACAGCCUGACGAGGUGGGACCCCUGCAGCCAAGCAGCAUUCGGGUCCAGGCUCAUGAAACAUUCGUCACUGAGGAUUUGGUGGAAUCACCUUCGGUUAUCUUCUGAAUCCACUUCUUGAAUAAGAAAGGGGGUGGUUCUGAGAACAGCCUGGUCAGCACGAAGCGUGGCUUGUGUCCUGUGGUGACUCCGGGGCAGAGAAGGAGCGAAGAGCAGUCACAGCAUAGAUUUCAACUUCCUCCACGUUUUCCUCUUAAAACGUGGCACAACUUCAGAACGUUGGCCCUUCUGGACUUGAGUCGUUCUCCUCCCCGGCCCUCCUCCCAGGGCUGUGAGCUCUGGCAAAGUUGAGCAACGUCCCUCAACCAACCAGAGGUGGCUUGUGACACCCCCGCACCUGGUAGGAUCAUCAGGACAGGCAGACCCUGCGGCCGCCGUGCUGUGAGCUCCCAGAGAUGAGUGCACCCCCGCCCGCCGUGCCCCUGGGGCUCUGCCCUCCAUCCAGGGGUGGGGUUCUAGGCAGAGGCCACACGAGCCUCCCUGAGCCUUCACCCCCUUCCAGUACCUCCAGUGGGUGAGAUCAGCUGGGCUCCACCAGCUCAGAGGGACCACGAGGGCAGCAGAGGUGGGGGCGGGAGAUGCAGGUGUCUCAAAGCAUCUCGGAAGAAGAGGGAUAGAUGCAGGGGAGGAGAGUGGCCCAGGUCACCCACUGCUGAGCCAGGGUCAAAGUCAUUUCUCCCAUCCCCCAAUUUCAGGAGCACUUGUCUCUAGAGUUUUCCAGAACUCACACUGCAACUCAUCAAGAGAAAGGCAGGAAAAAACAAACAAACAUAUAUAUAGAUAAAAAACCCUGACAGUCCAGUGGUUAGGGCUCUGCGCUUCCACUGCUGGGGGCCCGGGUUUGAUCCCUGGUCAGGGAACUAAGAUCCCACAAGCCACGCAGUGUGGCCUAAACAAACAAACACACACACCAAAAAAAAAACCAAGAAAGGCAGUGAAGGAGGGAGAGGGAGAGUCCAGGACCUGCUGCCCACAGGGAGGGAGGAUGGCAUCUCCAUGACACCCAGGGAGGUGAAGUGAUGACCAUCUUUGUAAAGGGCCCACGUGCCAGCUUCGCGCAGCAGACUUCUCAGUGACAGGGCUGGGGUGGGGCAGAGGGGCAGCAGUGCUGCCCAGACCCAGGCACAGGAGCCCAGAGCAGUGGGCUCCCCCUGCACGCCCCACCCCAGCUGUUGGCGCUUGCUUUCCAAGGGCACAGGGGAAGGGACCAUCACCAGUUGGGAGCUGGAGGAGGCCCCUGGGGCCUGCUCUGGAAGCCUGGAGUAGCCCCCUGGAGCCACGUCGGGGCAGACAGCAGCUGAGCCUGCGCAGAACGGGGCCACUGCAUCUGCUCAUCCUCUGCAGGGCAGAUGCAUGCUGCUGGUCCCGCGUGCCUGUGGCUCUCACCUGGGCACAGGCCAUGGCGCUAUCCCCACACCCAUCCUGGUCUCCCCAGCCCUCGAGGGGCUGCGAUACUCACCAACCCAGGAGCCAGCCAGGCCGGGCUCAGACCCACGCUCAGGGACCGGUCUGAGGGGCACUCAGCCGAAGGAGCCCAAAGCCAGCCUCGCAGCUGAUCACCAGGCUUCACCCCGAUUAUGGCCAAAGCACCCAGCAGAAGCAACAGGAAACCCAGACAGAGGGCCAGGACAGACCCGCAAGCUUCCAGAGGGAGGAAAUCCGAGAGCCCAAGGAGAGGUCCAGGGAGGCAAAGACCCAGAGCCGAGAGCAGACGCAGGCUCAGCAGACCCUCGGACCCCAGCAUAAGAAAACCAGGGCAACUUACUAACUCUAGUCAGGGGCCGCUCAAAAUCUGGCCACUUCCACAUCGGCACUGCAAGGAAACACAGGGCUCAGUUGAUGCACGUGGAGCAGGUGGGAGUGAGGUCUGAGGACUCCGAGGGGACAUAAGCCGGAUGGAGGAUGGGGGGACGCCUGGCAGCUAGCAUAUGCUGCCGGGAGCAUGUACCACCAGCCACAGGGCAGAGCUGGCUCUCCAGCCCGCGGGAGGGGUCUGCAGGGAGGCAGCUCCAAGGAGCAGCUCAAGCAGGGCGUCCCUGGAUCAGGCCCACGUGGCUCUCCCCCAGGUGCGGGCCUCCCCAGGCGCCCCCAGGGAGAGCAGUGUGGCCUGGCACGCUCUGCACCUUGGUCACUCUGUCGGCGAGGAGGCCAGGCUUUGCACGUGGCCCGGACACACGCAGAGGGGCUGGAAGGAGGCGCCACACCCAACUCGAUGCAAUAAAUAAAACUUUUAUUCAAACAACUGCAGUACAGGGCACAAUUCAGAUUAAAAAAAAAAAAAAGACGAAAGGAAACAGGAAAAA